AAAUCGAAGAAAAUUGAAAACAAAAUUUCAAUUGAAAGCUCGGCACCGGAAACAAUGGCAUCGUCAUCAAAGAAAUUUAUAACCUCUUCUAUCUUGGGGUUGUCACUUCUGGUCGCUCUCAUCGCUUUUAUCCUCAAGUUUAAAUCUUCACAGAAAUUGUUCUCUGCUGAAGAGCUGGCUCUGUAUAAUGGAACUGAUAAUUCUCUACCCAUACUCUUAGGAAUUCUGGGAUCCGUAUUUGAUGUUACAAAAGGAAAGUCUCACUAUGGUGUUGGAGGAGGUUACCAUCAUUUUGCUGGAAGAGAUGCCUCCCGUGCAUUUGUUUCUGGAAAUUUUACAGGGGAUGGACUUACAGAUUCUUUGCGAGGUUUAUCAAACACUGAGGUCCAUAGUGUGGUUGGAUGGCGAGACUUCUACUUCAGAAGCUACAAAUUUGUUGGGAGGCUUGUGGGUCGCUACUAUGAUAGCCAAGGAAAUCCAACAAAGUAUCUAAAGGGAGCAGAAGCGAAGGCUGCUAGAGGAGCACAGCUCAUGGAGAAACAAAAAGAAAUGGAAGCUAAACAACCUAGUUGCAAUUCAAGAUGGAGUCAAGAUGAUGGAGGAGAGGUUUGGUGCGAUAAUGGCUUCCCGAGGUUGGUUCAAAGACCUUUAGAAAUUGCACUGACGGGAAAGAUGAGCAAGCGAUGUGCCUGCUAUAAUGAAGAUCAACUUGACCAGCCGGGGUUGGAGGUCUAUAGCGGAUGUGAUUACCUUGCUAACAGAUGCCGAGUUUAAAUGACAGAACUUGAAUAAGUCAUUUGUAUAGUUGAAGUUCGAGUCCCUUGAACUCCAGCCAACCUCUUUGAAGAUAUCCGAUUGGCGAAAAGUGCGGCAUAGCCAUUUUCUGUAGUUGUUCCACUUCCUUCUAUCCUCAGUAUCACUGCACCAGAAUUUUUGUUAGUUUAUUGGAUCAUCUUUGGUACGUUUUGACUGAAUUG